ACAGACUGAGAAACCAAGUUUUAUGGUACUAGAUACUUAAAUAAAGUAAUUUAUAAUUUAAAUAUACAGGCUUGUGUUAUUAAACUUAAGACAAUAAUAUUAUAUUUACCCUUUUUUUGCGAUAUCAGUGCAUGCCAUUUUGAGCUCUCUUAAUUCCACUCAUAAACUUCACCAGAGUUCCUCUAUCUUUUGAAAUUUAUAUUUUAUUGCGUCGCGAUGCAACCCUGAGUUUUGAUAAUUUUUUUUAUCUCUAUACAAUUUUAGUGGAGUUCUGUUAUAAAAUUAAUAUAAUAUUGUUUAAACAAAACAAUGGUACGAACAGUUAAGGAAACUGGUUUUGUUGUCGAAAAGAUUGUCGACAAACGAAUAACACCAGAAGGGAAAGUUGAAUAUUAUAUUAAAUGGCGUGGAUACCCUAGUGCGGAGAAUACUUGGGAACCUGAGGAGAAUUGUGACUGUCCAGCUUUAAUACAAAAGUUUGAAGAGUCCAGAGCUAAGUCAAAGAAACGUGGAGAAAAGAAACCGAAGGUCGAGGAAAUUCUAAAGCCUCGAGGCUAUGAACGUGGUUUAGCAAUGGAACAAAUUGUUGGGGCAACUGAUGAAACCGGUGACGUAUCGUACCUAAUUAAAUGGCAGUUUUGCGAUGAGCUUGAUUUGGUUGUCGGGGAGGAAGUAAGGCAGAAGAACCCUGAGUUUGUAAUUGAUUUUUUUGAGAGGCGCUCACCAUUCCAACGUGUUAUAAAUGAGCGUCUGUUGGGUGUUCCAGACGAGUUACGUGUGAUGAAUAUGAAUGAACAGCAAAUACCUUCAGGCAAUCCUGAUAUAACAACAGUCACUGCCGAAAAUGAUGCAGCUGAUGGAGCUGUUACUUUGAUGACAGGUGAUGUAACCCAACCUAAUGCUAAUGAAAGCUCCGGUAGUAUUGAUAGUACCGCUGUAUCCUAUUCUAUUCCAGUGCCUGGAGUUGGAAACAUAGCAAUAGAUGUACCAAUUCUAGAUAGUUCAGCACUAUAAAUCUAUAACAAUAUAUCCAUAAAAAUGUAUUAUUUUUAUAACUAUUAAACAGUAAUAAAAAUAAUUUAUAUAUAUAUAUA